AUGGCAUGCGAGAAGAGAAAAGUUUGUAAGGUGAAGAACUUACAUGAACUCACUGCCAUUUGUGGCGUUGAGGGUGAAUUUGAUUCACAACCUGAUGUAAGGCCAUCUACAGAUGAAGCGCGAAGAAUAAUUACGAAAUAUUUGGGUUUUCCGAAGAUUGAUCAAGUAAAACGAAAGGUCAAUCAAGAGACCUUCACAAGGAAGAGGAUCGAAAAGGUGGAAGAGAAACUGAAAAGACAACAAAGAGAGAACCGUCAUAAACAAAUGACAUAUAUCAUGUUUCAAUCCAUGAUAAACCCACUAGGAGCAAUGUCAAAUUUGAAUGUGGAUGGUUUUGAGGACCUAGCUAAAGUUACCAGCCAAAACUUAAUGGAGGUUAAAAAGUUGAUGGAGAUUCGCCGGAGGGACUCCUCUUUUAAUCCACCUCCUCAAUUUGACGCCAGCAGGAGUGAAGUUGGUGGUAGCCAGCAUCUUGUUGUAAGCCAAGAUGAACAUGGGAUUUGA